CUAUAUUUAUGCAGUUUCAUAGUUGAUGAUCAGCUGAUGUAGUGAUCACCACGUGUUUGUUUUUGUUUUUCAUUAAAAUAUUAAUUUUUUGUAUAUAUAUUCUAAUAUAAUAAAGUUAAUAGGUGCCAAUUAACAACGAUAAUAUCAAGAAACAAUAUUAAUGUUUUACAUUUUUAAAGGUCAAAAGUAUAAACAAUAAGAAGCAAUUUUGGAGGGAUAAGUUGAAAAAUGGAAGACAAUUAUGAAAUUGAAACGGGCAUUAAUUUGACGCCAAAUUUAUAUCCCAAUUUCAAAAAACGAUCACAAGGAAAAAAGUUACCCAUCUUUUCUGAUUUUGAAAAGAUUUCUAGUUCUAGAACUCCUGUUAAAAAUAAUCUAAAGAAACCACUUGUUAUUCAAACUGUUUCAAAUUCUGACGAAGAAUCUGUUGAAUUUAUCUCGCAAAAUAGUGAAAAUGAAAUUCAAAUUCCGUCCAAUUUUUCUGAAAAUAACAAAAGCUUUGAAAAUUCGUAUAUAUUUGAAAGAACAAACAUUUCUGAAUUAAGUAUAAAUGAUUCUGAAAAUAUUUCUUAUGACAAUGAACAAUCAACACAUGAAAUUUAUCAAGAGAAAAUGGAAAUGGACAAUAUACCUCAGUUUUAUUGUUUAAAAAAUAAAGUUGUUGUUAUUAUGAAACCUAAUACAACAUUUUGGUUCUGUGGAAAAUUGAAAGUACAAAUUUUAUAUGGCGCAAUUAAAAUUUAUGGAGCAGUUUUAAAUACAUUGAAAACUUUUGAAGUUUAUUCGCCAAGAAGUCAUAGUUUACUUAGUAUUGAACAAGAAAUUGAUACAUUAAAUUGUGAUAAGGAAAAAUUAUGGCAAACACUUGUUGCCGAAGGUGUGGAUCGAAAUCUCGAAAGUUCUUUGGUAUUAAUUAUUAAUCAAUGUCAACCUGAAUGGACCGUUGUUUUAAUGGAAAACUUGACAAAUCACUUGACAACUUUUCUCAAUACCUAUUGUUCCUUUAAAUUAUUUCCAAGAAUUGAAGAUCAAACAUUUUAUUCGUGGAACGAUUUAAAAAGAGCUGAAUUAACUCUACAAACUAAUUUACGUUUUAAUAACAUAGGAAAACAAUUAGUUAUAAAUCCCGAAUGGAAAAUAAAAAUAGUUGACAAUAUUAUAAAUGAGUUUCAUGAUAAACAACAAUCGAUAAAUCUUAUAUUUGGUGGAAAAUCUGUUGGCAAAUCAACUUUUUCAAAAUAUCUCGCAAAUACUAUUCUUCAAGAAAUGAAUAAUGUUAUUUUUGUCAAUUUAGAUCCUGGACAAACUGAAUGCACACCAUCGGGUUGUAUUUCUUUAAAUUUAAUUGACACACCAUUUUUAGGACCAAAUUUCACACAAUUGAGAACUCCAUAUUAUCAGAUAUACAUUGGUGAUAUAAAUGUGGCAAAUUGUGUGACACGUUAUUUAGAAGCUGUGAAAAUGUUAGUAAAUCGAUUGAAAAAUGAUUCGAAAAUUUCUCAACUUCCUGUAAUUAUCAAUACAAUGGGAUUUUGUAAAGGAAUUGGUUGGGAUAUUGCACUUUGUAUAAUACGCAUUUUUCAACCCACCAAUGUUAUACAAAUUAUGUCAAAAAAGGCGAGAAAUAAUUUCGAAAAUUAUCUCACCAAAGAUGCUGCUAUUCAACAGAAAUUGUCUUGGACUAUUCAUGAAUCUGACAAUUACGAUGAAUUAUCUUACAAAUUUCAUCAAAUAAAUUCAGAAGCUGAAAUUCAUGGAAAUGGUGAAACUUUUAAUUUGGAACCCUAUCAAAAAAGAGAUCUUGUUAUGCUUGCAUACCUUAGUCAAAUAACUAGAGGAAAACAACCAAUUAAAUCAUUGAAAAAUACAAUACCGAGUAUAAACGAUAUUACUCCGUACAAAGGGCCUUUAUCAUCACUUUACUUGUCACUCACACAAACUGGAGUUCCAUUGACACAUGUACUUGCAGCUAUGAAUGGAAAUAUAGUGGCUCUUUGUGGAUAUGAUCCAUCUGCUGAAUCCAAUAAUUUAGCCACUCAUUCAAAAUCCGAAAAUUCCCAUGUCUUGAUUAGAACACCACUAACUACCUGUUAUGGAUUUGGAAUUAUUCGAGGAAUUGAUAUGGAACAAAAGAUCCUAUAUAUCAAUACACCUUUGGAAUUUACAGAAUUAAAACAAGUCAAUUGCUUGGUGGACUGUUUGCCAAUUCCAACAGCAUUGUUGCCACUAAAUUUGCCAAAUGCACCAUACAUGGGUAAUAAAGCUGAUUUACCAACGAGUAAAGAACAUCGUAGAGGAUUCUUCAGAAUAAGAAAUAAAACAACGCGGGACUAGUGAAUAAAGUUUUAAUUACAUGUUGAUAAAAUUAAACUUUUUUUUUCACGUAAGUAGUUUUUCAUUCUAUUAAAAAGUAUUUACAUUGAAAAUAUUUUUUUCUACCUUAUAUAAUUAGAGUAUUUUUUUAAUUUUAAAGUUAUAAAAUUACGACCAUUAAUUUGAACAAUUUGUAAUUGUUCUUCAAAGUGUACAAUAUUAUUUUGUCUUCACAUCAAGUGUUGAUAGAAAUAAAAUUAUGUGAUACAUAAAAAAUAUUUUUUGAAAAAUAAUUAAUAACGACGAAAUUAUCUAUCGAUGAAUAAUUAAUUUAUUCCUAAUUCAUAGAGUCAAAGACAUAUUUUUGGCUAAAGUACAUUUUUUUUAAAGUUGUUGGCUUAUAACUUUUUUUUUUUUUUUUUUCUUAAUGAUCGUCACUCUCAACAUUUAAUUAAAAAAUAAUUUUUCUCACAAUUCGAACAAUUAUCGAAAAAUUGAAGUAUUUAAAAUUUUCUUUUAUUUGCGCGCAAAAAAUUAAAAAUUCAAUCAUUUAAACUGGACAAAAAGGAUAAAAUUUAAAAAAUGUUCCCGCCAUCUGGUGACCUCUAGUGGAUAUUUUUUGUACUAUACAUUUUCCCAACAACUUUUCGCAUUUAUUUCUUAACAAUUGACUUUUGUUUGUGAAUUUUAAACUUGUGUUUAAUUAAAAUUUCAACAAUUUCGAAUAUCUAUUAAGUAUUUUACGACAAUUGUUUGAAUUGUGAGACAAAUUAUUUUAAAUGAAUCGCACGGACUUCAUUAUAUUCGCAAAGCCGUUACAUUUUGAAAACUGCAUUUAUGAUCGCCAUUUUUGUCAGUUCACGUGAAAAGUCUUCGACAAAAUAAUGAAAAUUAUAAUAGUAUCAAUAUAUAUUGUGUGAUGUGAAUAAGGAAUUAUUAAGGUACCACUUUUUUAUUUACUAAAUUUAUGCAAUUUCGAAGAAUUUAUAAACAUUUUUUUAAGAUUUCGAUUGUGUUUAGAGGUUAUGUUUUUGUUUAUUUUCAAUGGAACAUUUUGUAUAUCAUUUUAAAUAUUAUUAAAGUUUGGUUUACAAUUUCUGACGAUGAAAAUAA